CGCGGAGAGACAUUUUACUAGUUCAAAGACAACAACUGAGAGCGACGUUUGGAAUUAACUUGAAUAUUUCAAGUAAUUUCUCUAGCCUGGAAUAUUAUUUUAAAUUUAAAAAGUGCUCCCUCUGAAGAAAAUGUAAGCAUGCAACUCGUUGUACUGCAUCUGUUCGUCGGAGUUCAUCUUGUUUAUGCUGGAACACACUCUCUGAGAUACUUCUACACUGGUGUGUCUGGAGUCAGUGGCCUCCCAGAGCUCACUGUGGUCGGUCUGGUAGAUGAUCAGCAGUUUAUGUAUUUUGACAGCAACACAAAGAAAGCUGUUCCGAAGACAGAGUGGAUGAGACAGAGUGAAGGAGCAGAUUACUGGGACGAAGAGACUCAGAAUGAUAAUAACUACCAUGAGAGCUUCAAAAAAAACAUCCAGAAAGCAAAGGAACGCUUCAACCAGUCAACAGGACUCCAUGUGAUGUACGGCUGUGAGUUUGAUGAUCAGACUGAAGCAACAGAUGGGUUCCAUCAGUAUGGAUAUGAUGGAGAGGACUUUGUGUCUCUGGAUCUGAAGGAGAUGAGAUGGAUUUCUCCAGUGCCGCAAGGAUUCAGCACUGUACAGAAGUGGAACAAUAACGGAGCUCUUCUUGAGAAAGACAAACAUUACUUCAGCACUGAGUGCAUCGAGUGGUUGCAGAAGUAUGUGCAGUAUGGAAAGAGCAGCCUGAAGAAAACAGUCUCUCCUCAGGUGUCUCUGCUGCAGAAGUCUUCCUCGUCUCCAGUCAAGUGUCAUGCUACAGGUUUUUACCCCAGUGGAGUAACAAUCUCCUGGAUGAGAAAUGGACAAGAUCAUGAUGAGGAUGUGGAUCUUGGUCAACUUCUUCCUAACGAGGACGGGACCUUUCAGAGGUCGAGCACCAUCAGAGUUACACCUGAAGAGUGGAAGAACAACGAGUUCAGCUGUGUGGUGGAGCACCAGGGUGAAGCCAAGACAGCAAAUGAGAUCAGGACUAACAAUGGAGAUUCUCUUCCUAUCGGUAUCAUUGUUGGUGUUGUUGCUGCUGUUGUUCUGUUGACUGUGAAUGCUGUUGUUGGAUAUGUGGUGUAUCAGAAAAAGAAAGGCUUCAAACCUGUCAGUGCAUCAGAUGAUGGUUCUAACAGCUCAACCCAUUCAGUUAAUUCAGAUCAUUCAGUUCAUUCAGACAAUCAGCUCAUUCAAAAAUAAAAAGAUGUGACGAGAUGAGUGUGAGAGAUGAAGUUUAAAAAGAUGCCUAUUCUGCUGUCCAUCUUGCUUACAACACAAACACACACUUCCUUCUCACACACAGGAACAUAUAUAUCAGUGAUGGGAUUGAUCUAUAUUAUUAUAUUAUGUUAUAUUAUAUUAUUACACGGCUCUGUGGAAUACUUGAUUCUGAUUGGUCAGUCGUGACAUUCCGAGGUAUGUUAUCUGAUAACACAGGCUCAUCCGGGUAACAGC